AUGGCUGGCAUUCUCAAACUCCAGCGCAAAUAUCCCCAGUUCCCCCAGAGCGAGAUCUUCCAGCUUCAAGAUGCUUUCCGCAAACUCGACGUGGAUGACAAGGGCUACUUGGACGAGGCGACCGUCAUCAAAGCCACUCAGCAGUCCGAAAGACAGUCUUACGAUGUGGUCAGACAGGCGCUCAAAGAGGUGGACCUGGACAGCUCCAGACGAGUAGAGCUGGAAGACUAUGUCGACCUGAUCGCCAAAGUUCGUCAGUCAUCUCCGGAACAACAGCGCAUCUCGACAGGCCCUCAGAGAUCAGCUGCAGGCAAUGGUUUGUCGUCGCCGGGUCAGACCUCGAAGCCCAGUUUGGGCGGCAAUCAUGGAGGAAGGAUUCAGGUGCAAGGCUCCUCGACGAACGUCAGACACACCAUCAACGAAGAAGAGCGUACCGCCUUUACCACUCAUAUCAACGCGGUCCUUGCCGGCGAUCCGGACAUUGGUCACCUCCUCCCCUUCCCAACCGAUACUUUCGAGAUGUUCGACCACUGCAAGGAUGGGCUGGUACUGGCCAAGCUCAUCAACGACAGCGUGCCGGACACAAUCGACGAGCGAGUGUUGAACAGGCAAGGCGGAAAAAUCAAGACCCUCAACGCCUUCCACAUGACCGAGAACAACAACAUCGUGAUCGAGUCGGCGAAAGGUAUCGGCUGCUCCGUGGUGAACAUUGGUGCCGGGGAUAUCAUUGAAGUCCGUGAGCAUUUGAUCCUGGGUUUGAUCUGGCAGAUCAUCCGUCGGGGUCUGCUGGGUAAGAUUGACAUCAAGCUACACCCGGAACUGUACCGACUGCUGGAGGAGGACGAGACUUUGGAGCAAUUCCUGCGCCUGCCGCCCGAGCAAAUUCUGCUCCGAUGGUUCAACUAUCAUCUCAAAAACGCCGGCUGGCAGAGAAGAGUGACCAACUUCUCCGGGGAUGUCAAGGACGGCGAAAACUAUACUGUUCUACUCAACCAGCUGAAACCCGACGUGUGCUCCAGAGCUCCUUUGCAGACAAGAGACCUUCUACAACGUGCUGAACAGGUUCUGCAGAAUGCCGAGAAGAUUGACUGCCGGAAGUUCCUGACUCCGACUGCUCUCGUAGCUGGAAACCCCAAGCUCAAUCUCGCAUUUGUCGCCAACCUGUUCAACACCCACCCCGGCCUGGAUCCCUUGACGGAAGAAGAAAAGCCCGAGAUCGAAGACUUUGACGCCGAGGGCGAGCGGGAAGCCCGAGUCUUCACCCUCUGGCUGAACAGCUUGGACGUGCAACCUCCGGUGCAUUCUUUCUUCGACGAUCUGCGCGACGGCACCGCCCUCCUCCAAGCCUACGACAAAGUCAUCCCCGGCAGCGUCAACCUCCGCCAUGUCAACAAACCUCCAGCUCACGGGGGCGAAAUGUCUCGCUUCAAGAUGGUGGAGAACACAAACUAUGCCGUCGAACUGGGCAAACAAUUUCACUUCUCUCUCGUGGGCAUCCAGGGUGCCGACAUCACAGACGGCUCACGAACGUUGACCUUGGCCUUGGUGUGGCAGCUCAUGCGGCGGGAUAUCGUCAGCACCCUGUCCGGUCUUGCCCAACGUAUGGGCAAACGCGAGUUGUCCGACUCCGACAUGAUCAAAUGGGCCAAUGACAUGUCACGGAAGGGCGGCAAGAACUCGUCGGUCAGGUCGUUCCGGGAUCCGGCCAUUACCAGUGGCAUUUUCCUGCUGGAUGUGCUGAAUGGCAUGAAGAGCGGUUACGUUGACUACGACCUGGUGACGCCUGGAAAGACGCCCGACGACGCUUAUGCCAAUGCCAAGUUGUCCAUCAGCAUUGCCAGAAAGAUGGGCUCGACUAUCUACUUGCUCCCUGAUGAUAUCGUGCAAGGCCGCGCCCGAUUGGUGACCACUUUUGUUGGUGCGCUCAUGCGAACCGCGGAAAAGAUGGGCGUGCACUAA